AUGUGCGACGUGUAUGAGGUUGUAGAACCUUUCAACUGGAAGAAGAGAAUCUUUGACGCAGCCAUCCAGGAGCGGGCACGGUGCGUGGCGCUGGCGAGGCUGGUGUACGGAGAAGGGCACCUGAGGCUGGCGGAGGCGCACGCCAAACUGGCCGAGGGCUACCUGCAGCUUAAAGGGUGGGCAGCACAGGCCCGGGAGCAUUCGGGACGGGCCCGGGACGUCCUGCAUCUCUGUGGGCCUGGCACCGCAGAGCAGGGAGGGGAAAAGGCCCAAACGUUGAGGUGCCUCCUCUCUGUGUAUCACACGCAAGGACAGGCUGCCCUGACCCUGGGGGAUCUGGAGGAAGCAGAGGCCAGCCUGAAGACUGCAGAGAGGAUCAUGGGAGACCUCCGACGGCAGGAGGGCGCGGCCGGAGAGGAGGAGACGGCAAAAACGGAGUUUGAAAUCGCCACCGGUUUGUCCAGGCUGUGUCACCGGCAGGGCCGGCCAGAGGAGGCGCUGUUCCAGUGCGAGAGGGCCCUGCGGCUGGCCGAGGGCCGCCUGGGCGUCGGCGAUGCCUGCGCGGUCUACAGGGACAUGGCCGCCAUCGAGCAGGCGGAGGGACGGCUGGACAGAGCGAUACGGCACCUGCAGCAGGCUCAUUCGGUGGCUCGGAGCCGGGACCCCGGGGGCGUGGAGGAGGCCCGCAUCGCCCACAGCCUGGCCCUGGCGCACUCCACGCUGCGCGAGCCCGGGCACAGGGACACAGCCCUGCGCUUCUUCGAGGAGAGCCUGGGGGCGUACUCGAGGAUUCUGGGACCCCAGGACGCCGUGACCCUGUCCGUCCAGGACGACCUCUGCCACCUCCUCCUGCUGACGGGCCAGCAAGAGAACGCUGUUAAACUCCAGAGGGAGUCCCUGGGUCCGAAGAGCAGCGCGUUCGGUGACCUCAGCCAGGAGGUGGCCGACACCCUGCAGCUGAUUGGAGGGGUGGAGAUGACCCAGGGGGACAUGAGGCGGGCCCACAGGACUAUGAGCAAGUGCCUUGAGAUUCAGAAGCUGCUCCUCGGGCCCCAGCACAAGAAGACGAGGGCCACACAGCGAACUGUGGACAUGCUGUCAGAGGCCCCAGAGGUUGCUGGGAGGCAGCGGAAAGCAGGCAGUCUGAACACUAGACCUCCUUUCUGUGCAGUCGUACCAUCCCACAAUGCACCAGGAGGCACAAAUGUAGCUUCAUUUGACUCUUAAUAGGCGCACAACGCCUUAGUGCCAGGCUCUAAAUUAAAAAUGGAGGCGUCCAAAGGCUCGUGAGGUGUUGCCUUUUCCCCUUUUUUUUGUCACCAGAGCGAAGAGGACUGGGUGUGGAAUUUUUUCAAAGCGGAGGACAUUUCCCUUUGUUCACAGUCCCAUUUGCUGAAAACUUAACUUCACAGAGGCUUUUGUUGGGCCUGUUGCCACAGAAACCUGUGUUGCUUCUCUGAAUGGGAGUCGCUGAGGGUGGCUAGCCUCCCCUGCAGCUACGCACACUAAAAUGCCCUCGCGCAGAUAGGCCUGGAACGCACUGGUGUGUCCCUGUGAGGAACAGAUGGCCUGUUAUUUUUCAAAAGCAACGUGUUCAAAAAAAGACAAUGACUCAAGAGAUGCCCUGAAAUAUCUGUUUAAUAGAUUUUCUGCUGCGUUUACCAGUUUCAAGAUAAUUGGUAAAAGUACAAAGAUGCCAAAUUGUAAUUUUUUUUCCUUUAGCCCUCAAUAAUAAUCAUUUAAAAAACGGAGAACAUAUUUUCCUCCUUUUUAAAAGUUCCCAAUCAAUACAAUUCUCAGUGACUCAUUUACGUGAAAAAAGAUCCCCAUUGAAACUGUUCAACCAAAGUGUUCUCGUGCCAUAGCCAGUCAUGCGGUUAAGUGUUCGGCAGACAUUCACCUUGUGCUGAGCAUGCAGUAAAACCCGUACUCACACAAGCCCAGAGGUUCUGUAUCAACAUUCCACUUUUAACAACUUACUCUUUCUAAAAUCCGAUUAAAUAUAAUAGAAAAGUGCAUCAGGGUAAAACGUCAAAGUCAGGUUUGGGAAAAAAAGAUGCCACUUUCAUGCUGCUUUGCUAUACUGAAGCAGAUGUAUGAUGCAAACUAAGACAAACUACAUUCAAUGCCGACAUAACUUGUGUGGUUGUAAUAUUUACAACACGGCGCUAGUUGCUGAAAUGAUUUCCCCUUUUUUAAAUCAGGAGAACAUUGCAUUUGGAAAAUGUUUUCAUUCUAAAUGUGUGCAAUAAUGGUCAUUUAAGCAUGCCAAAUAAACGAGAAGCUGCACUCAUCUUCAUUAA